AUGCCGCAAGUACCGCAGGCUACGAUACGGAAGUUUAUGGAGCUGAUGACUAUGUUGCCCUAUAUGGACGUGGCAGACCACUAUCUGGAGCUCGAAAUCCAGCCCAGUACAUAUCCCAUGUCUUAUGUUGGCGAGCAACUUGAUGUCGGCUAUUUCGAGAGUCAGAGAGAGUUGUACAAUGAUGAUUUUACGGCACCAUGCGCUCUGCGUCUGACGUUCGGUGAAGGAUCAUACGGGACUGAGUUCAUCUACGAUACCAAGACCACCAAUUCAGAGGAUCAGGACGGUUACUUUCACCUAUCUGGUGGUCAGCCGCGGGAAGUGCUUGAGCCAUUCAUAUCGAAAUGUCAGCAACUUCUGUAUUUUGGCAUAGCAGAGGGCCUCGAUUUCAGGUAUGAGUUCUAUCAUGACUCUGGAGGGCAUCCACCCGUUGACUGGGAAGAGCACUUUCAACGGCAGUGGCUGGCAAGCUACAAUGUAUGGGCUGCCGCUCGCAAGAUGAAAGACAUCUAUCUCGACUGCGGCUGGAACGUCAACACGUCCGAUCGGUCUGGCUUUAGAAGUGACGAGUUCAUUGAGAGGCGCGCGACAUACUGGACGAAGGUUGUGCAGCCGCUUUUGGACAUUGAGGAGAGAACUUGA